UAGAUUCUCUUUCGCCGUGGUGGACGCAGCAUUUUUUGGCGGCAUUUUAAGCCUUUUGCAUUUUUGUCUAUAAUUUAUAUAAUUUAAAAGAUGUCGCAGAUUUGUAAACGCAGUUUGUUGACAGCCAACCGCUUGGCAAUUAAUGCACCAGCCGUUCUACGUUGCAAAUCAACAUGGUUUUCGGAGGUACAAAUGGGUCCACCGGAUGCCAUUCUGGGUGUGACAGAAGCCUUCAAGAAAGAUACCAAUCCCAAGAAGAUUAAUCUGGGCGCUGGCGCCUAUCGCGAUGACAACACCAAACCCUUUGUGCUUCCCAGCGUGCGUGAGGCUGAGAACCGCAUUGUCAGCCGCGGCAUGGACAAGGAGUAUGCCACCAUUAUUGGUGUGCCAGACUUCUACAACAAGGCCAUCGAACUGGCUUUAGGAGAGCAAUCGCAGCGCCUAAAGGCCAAGCACAAUGCCACAACACAGGCAAUCAGUGGUACAGGAGCUUUGCGUAUUGGUGCAGCCUUCCUGAGCAAAUUCUGGAAGGGCAAUCGCGAGAUUUACUUGCCCACGCCAUCUUGGGGCAAUCAUGUGCCCAUUUUCGAGCACGCCGGUUUGCCAGUGAAGCGUUAUCGCUACUACAAUCCCAAGAACUGUAACUUGGACUUCAAUGGCAUGGUUGAAGAUUUGAAGAAAAUCCCCGAGAACUCCGUUGUGCUACUGCACGCCUGCGCCCAUAAUCCUACUGGCGUGGAUCCCACUGCCGAGCAAUGGCGUGAGCUGUCACAAGUGUUCAAGCAGCGCAAGCUGUAUCCCUUCUUCGACAUGGCCUAUCAAGGCUUUGCCACCGGCAACGUUGAUGGUGAUGCCCAGGCUGUGCGCAUCUUUGAGGCUGAUGGCCAUGACUUCUGCUUGGCUCAGAGUUUCGCCAAGAACAUGGGUCUUUAUGGUGAACGCGCUGGCGCGUACACUGUGAUCUGUGCCGACGAACAGGAAGCCGCUCGUUGCUUGUCCCAGAUCAAGAUUCUUAUUCGUGCCUUGUACUCCAAUCCUCCCAUUCAUGGUGCACGCAUUGCUGCCGAGAUUCUCAACACUGCCGAUCUGCGUAGCCAGUGGCUGAAGGAUGUCAAGGGCAUGGCCGAUCGCAUCAUCAAUGUGCGCACUCAGCUCAAAACGAAUCUGGAGAAACUUGGCUCAACCCGCAACUGGGAGCAUAUUGUCGAUCAGAUUGGCAUGUUCUGCUUCACGGGUUUGACGCCCGAGCAAGUCGAUAGCUUGAUCAAGAAUCACAGUGUCUACCUCACCAAGGAUGGUCGUAUCUCCAUGGCCGGCGUAACCAGCAAGAAUGUCGAGUACCUCGCCGAGAGCAUUCACAAGGUGACGAAGUAAACUGGAAUCGAAAAGUUUGCAUCGUUUUCUACAGCUAAAAAGCUACUUAUUGGCACCUGUUAAAUGAUGUACCUAGGAGCAUAUAUAGCAGAAUCCGAGAUAUACGUACGAUAUUGCAUUUUCAUUUAUCUCUUACUCUCUUUCAUACACACUUUGUACAUAAGAUUCUAGAUCUGCCUUUAAGCAUAAAGCAUUUUUAAAUUUAUAUACACACACAAAAGCACAUACUGCAAUCUAUUUCAAUUAACUUAAUUAUGCAAUCUAAUAUAAAGACGCGUAUUUAAGCAAAACAA